GAUGACUCCGUAGAAGACGAUAUUGAGGAAGAAAGUUGUCGUGAUUAUCAUCAAGUUUUCAGAAACCUUGUUCGGGACUAUCUUCGAAAGUUGAGUUAUGCGAUUGAGCUAACAAUUGGAAGUUGGCUAGCAGAGGUUGUGUUCAUGUUGCAACUCGAAGGAUUGGCACUUCCACAAUUGAGAUGCAAGUGUCUAACACUAAAAUUGCAGGUAUCAAAGCAUACUUUGUAUGGGAUAACUAGCCUUUUGGAUGCCUCGCCUCUUUUGGAGACACUCAACAUUCACAUUGAAUAUGAGUUUGGUUAUGAGCACUGCCAACUUGAGCUAAGCUAUUUGGCCGAGGGAGAUGAUACCAAUUUGCUGUGUUGGAUUCCAAACAUUGUGUUUUCCAGUCUCAAGAAUAUUAAGAUUGUCGACUGCAUACAGAGAUGUGAGUGGGCCACAUGUUCGAAGGGGUGGUCUGAAGGGGACUUUGAUAAGCUUAUUGAACUUUCAAAGUUUCUAUUAAAGAAUGCAGUGGUUUUAGAGAAGUUUGUUAUCGUAGCAAAGAGAAGAAAAUGUCGAAAAUGUUCAGAGAGCUGUGCCUCCCAAUUUUUAACACGAUUGGCUAAGACAUUGUUAGACAGCCCAAGAUCAUCUAAGAAUUUUGUGAUUACUUACCAAGAGUCUGCUUUGGUGACUAGACUGCAAGCGGUUUAAUUUCAGCAUACUAAAAAUGUCACCUUAUAUUGUAGCUUUUGAUUUACUGCAGAUGUAAUUUUGAACUUGUGGUAUACCAAAUAUGAGGGACGCUUGGUUUCUCAUGAAGCCUUUGUUUGUUUCACUCUAGACAUUGCAUAUGUGCUUGG